AAGUUGGAUCAAUUUCAAUUGUUGUUUUGUUACUUUCUAGAAAAAGUUAAAAAGAAUAGGCAAAACUAUGUAUUUAUAGUACAUAGUAUUAGCAUAGCAUCAUAAGCAUUUUUGUCAAUAAAGCAUUUUAAAAUAUCACAAAACCGAAAAUUAUAAAGAGCAACAAGAUUUGUCGAUAUCAUAAAAGAGCGUCUCGAGGUGGACCCGUAUCGGUUAGCACAGCUGAUUCUGAACCUCUCGGUCUGUCGUUUUGCUCUCUCCAAGCUCCAGCCAUGGUGACUCUCUUCUAACCUCUCUCAUCUUUCUUCUCCGCCAAGUUUCUUCAGUGCUCUCUUUCGUGAAACCUCUCAUCCUAAGCUGAACUCACAAGGUUUCUCAUGGCGAAAACUUCUCCCUCGGCUCACGGAACUGGUCUCGAACCUCCAAGAUCCGACACACUCGGAGAUGCGUCUGACAGCAAACUUCCUUCUGACCUCACCGGCGUCUCGUCGGCGGCGACUGACUCUCAGAAACGCGGCCGUGGUCGUCCGCCUAAACCCAAAUCCUCCGACUCCCAGCUAAACGGUGCCGUUCCAGCUAGGAAACCCAGCGGUCGGCCGAGAAGAAACAGAGCUCCAGCGGCAGCUGUUCCGACGUCGGUUGUGAAGAGAGGCCGUGGUAGGCCAAAGAGGUCGAACACUCUGUCUGGGACGGAGACAGUGGUUGAUAGAUCUAGAAAGCGUGGGAGGCCAAAGAAAGAUGACGUGGCGGCUCCAGCUAAGAAACGUGGACGGAAACCUAAAAGUGAACAAGUUGCUAAAAGGAGCGUGGGAAGGCCGAAGAAGGCAACAGAAGGUGGUACCGGACAGGGAGCUGCAGACCCGAAAGAGAUCAAGAAGAAAUCUGCACUCUUACAAAAGAAAGUGAAGCAAGCUGCAGAGAAGUUGAAGAUAGCAGUUUCAGCAAUCGAGGAGGUCCAAGAGCUAGCGGCAGGAAUGUAGAAGCUUUGAUUUGACAUUUUCCUCAAAACGGAUGAUUGAGAAUAAUCUUUAUGCUAUUUUUAAGGGAAAACUGGGAAGACAUUCAUUGGAGAAUUUAAGACUGAUUAUUUGAUUUUCAUUUAGGUUUGUUUGUACGUUCGUAGGGAUGGUACCUGAAGAGAAAACAGUUGGCAGGUGCUACUGGUUCGUAAGCUUUUAUGACAAUAUCUUGUGUUGUUCUGAGAUGGGAGAAAACCACACUUCUGCGUUUCUUUGUUAUGAAUCGAAUUUCUUUGUUGUCAAGAUUA